ACGUGCAAUGUCUCUUGGUGUGUUGUUUCGUUAAAUGAAACAUGUUCAUCACUCAAUUCCUCAAAUGAAUUUUUAAACACAUUCUGAAUACGGUGGACAAGUUACGUCAAGGUAAAAAAAAUGGCAUAUGUCAUAAAUUCGACUGGUUUAUACCGCUCGUUGUAAAAACGAAUGACAUUAACGAAUUCGAAAUAUUUUCGAACGGUCAAGAAUACCAUUCGACCAAAGUUCAUCGUUUGGGAUCAAAAAAACGAAUAACCUUGAUAAAUACGUAGGGUCAAGAAUAGGACCCCUGGCACGAGACAAUCUACAAAAUGCACACAAGCUGUAGAAGUAUUAAACAUGUUAGCUACUACUACUGGUAUACCUGUAAUUAAAAAUCAAUUCGUCUUGAGGGUGGGCUCCAACUUUCCUUUUACGGUAUGGUCUCAGCAAAUUCACUUGAAGUGGAAAUCUCCCACAAAAAAUGUGGGUACACUUACUUCUGUGUUUGGUAAAGGUAAAUGUUGAGGCACCCCUAAAGUACCAUUUAAAAGCCUCUUACCAAAAAUUGAAUUUUUUAAGAUUCCUCCGUCACUUUGUGAUCCAUAUGCCCCUACGUCAACAUACGUGAAAGAAUAUCGGGCAUCACAAACUGCUAAGAGAACAAUACUGAAAAUUUUUUUAUAAUUCACAUAAAGGGAACCAGAAUGUGAUGGUGCAUGAAUUCUUACAUGCUUCCCAUCAAUUGAACCCAUACAGUUCGGAAGUUGCCAAAUAUUAUAAAAGUCAUUUAUUAUGGAAAUCCAUUUUUCCUUAUUCAUUGGCUUCAGGUACAGGGGUGACAAAAUUUGCCAUAAAACGAUGCAAACUUCUUUUAUAAUGUUACAGAUUGUCGACGGGGCAAUUCUAAAGGCAAAUGAUAAACUGGGGUAUGAAUCUCCUGUAGCCAGAAAUCGCAAUGUCCACACCCCAGGCAGAAACAGUACGUCAUUAAGUCGUCGGUGUGACGUAAAUUACAAACGAAGACGUAAAUUUCCCAAAACUGGACGUAUUUAUUACGUAAACAAAAACACCAAAAUAUUACGUAAUAUACUUACGUUAUCUUUCGGUCGCAAUAACGUCAUGUUUUUAUGUGAUAAAAUAAAUUCUAAAACUUCUGAUUAUUGUAUCAAAAUUCAAAAUUCGUGAAAAUAAAUUGAUUUGAUUCAAAUCUAAUGACACGAAAGAGUAAGUACAAGAAACAAUACCUGAAAACGGCAACAUCUUACACGCGCAUUGAAGCAAGCUGGCAUCGUGGCACCUUUUACGCAUUCGCGCCAUUCCAAUGUAAUGUUAGGUUAGGGUGUUGAUGUGAAUCACGUUUUAUUGCGGUAAUCAUAAUUAGAUUGCAAAGGUAAAUGUAAAAUAUUUGAUAAGUAUGUUAGUUAAUUAAUUUACGUACAAUAUGACCAUUUGCCUCGAUUAUUAUUUGCAGGGCGAAAUGUUUUCAUUAGUGGAAUUUGCAGAGGAGUCUGGAGGAGACUUGGCCAUUAUUCGGACAGAGUGGUUUACCCCUCGCAAACAAGAAGCGUUUUGGCCACCUACUAAACAGUCAAAAACAUUUGAAAAGGUUCUUCUAAAUGAAGAUCAAGUAAUCGACAACAAGUGGAAGCUUUGUUUCGUUCGGCGCACCUUAUUUGAGUCAGACGAUUAUGAACGUGUAAAAAGGAAGUUACCGAGGGCCGAAUAUACUUCUGAUCUACAAAGUAGUGAGGCUGAGGUUGGAAGUCAAGGUGAUGCAGACCAAGAUAAAUUUCAAAAAAGGAAACGUGCACCUUCUCGUAGACUACUUUCAAGUAGUAGUGACGAAGAACAAACUUCAAAGUUUCCUCGGCCACCUACUCUUAACUUAAACAAACAAAUAGUAAGACAUGUACCAUCUCCAAGGCAAUUAGAGAUCUGCGAACCUGUUCCUGAUCUGAGUAGUGAACAAUCCAUAGCUUCUACGUCACAAUCUUCACACAAUGACAACAAUACAACUCUAGCUUCUUGUUUAUGUAGCUCUUCAAAAAAAAUUAGUCAAUGAUAUUAUUUUUAUCAAAGAACAAAACAAAUUAAUAAUAGAAUUGCUGCGACAGCAAAAAUUGACCCAAGAGAAAAUCCAAUUUGAAAAUGCUCUACCGGCAAAUUUUCCUGUAAAGUUGCCGGUCAAUGCUGAACAAGAAAUUCAGCUAUUGGAACAGUAUUUGACAAUACAGGACAAUUACGAUUUACUGCGUUGCCAUUUAUCUACAUUUGGUGGAAAAAAUAUUAAUGACACCACUUCUAAUAUAUUAAAGAGAGUCAUAAACGAUAGUGUGGCAUGUAGUUACAAUUAUCUGGGCACUAGGUCUAAUAAAAAGCCAUUUUCUCAACUAUCUUUAAAAAAGGUCGUUGUUGAUGCAGUAAAAGCAAAGCAACCACAGGCUGUUGAGUGUGACAUCGAACAAGUAAUAAAGGGGUGGUUGAAGCAUGCACCCCAACGUUGCAAGCUUAAAAAAAGUAAGGAUACUGUUGAAUCUAACACUUAAGCUGUAUUUUUUAACCUCAUCAAGUACCUAUGUAAAAAUCGUACCUUAAGAUUUACAUUUAGUUUAAUUUAUACUUAAUAAUGUUAAAACGACGUAAAGGUAGUGUUGGAAAAAGGCAGAUGUAUAGGCGAAUUGCAAACGAAUUUAAGGUAGCCCUGCUGACAGAUAGUACUUCAGUACAACAAAGUCUUUCAAAAGUACAAAAUAAACUGAAUUCUUCCGAUUGUCAGAGAGAUCAGGAACAUUUGUCUGUAACAACUGAUUUUGAUCUCUCAAGUUCACCUAUCGAACACAGUUCACUUAUGUGCGAACUUCAAGAGAACAGUGAUUUAGGGAUCAACAGUUCCAAUAACAUUGACUUUGUUACUACAAACGGUUUAUUGGAUGAUCAAAAUACUUUCCAAACUCAAAUUAUAGAGGAUAAUAUGCAAAGUAAUAAUGACAAUAGAGAUUCCUGUUCAAUGCAUUCUAAUGUUGAUUCUAAUAAUAUAAAUUCAAAGUUAAGACUGUGGGCUACUCAACAUCAUAUAACACACUCUGCAAUAAACGAUCUUUUAAAAAUUUUAGCUCCACACCAUAGUGAAUUACCACUUUGUAGUAAAACUCUAUUAGCUACCCCCUUAAGAACAACUACCACUAGGAAUUUUGUAAAUGGUGAAUACUGUCACUUGGGGUUAGUUGAAGGCUUGAAAAAACAAAUUGUGAAACAUAAUUGCCAUAAUUUAAUACCAACUUCUUUGGCAUUAAAUUUUAACAUUGACGGAAUACCUUUAUUUAAGAGUAAUCGCAUGCAAUUGUGGCCUAUACUAUGUAGUAUCUUUAAAUUUGAAAAUGACCCCUUUGCUGUGGGAAUAUUUGCAGGUAGUUCAAAACCCACUCCUAUUGAAGAAUACUUGGAAAAUUUUGUCAGUGAAUUAAAGGACCUGUUAGAGAGGGGAUUUACUUUUAACAAAAUUCAUUACACAGUUACAGUUCGGUCUAUAGUUUGUGAUGCGCCUGCUAGAGCUUUUUUAAAAUGCAUCAAGUCCCAUAGUGGGUAUUCAUCUUGUGACAAAUGUACGGUUGCAGGUGACUAUUAUAAUGGUAGAGUAAUAUUAAAAGAGCUUGAUUGUCCAAAGCGUACUGAUGAAUCUUUUUGCAAUAAAGUGGAUGAGGAUCACCAUACAGGUGAUUCGCCUCUGUUAAAGUUGAAUAUUGGUAUGGUGACCGCAUUCCCUACUGAUUAUAUGCAUUGUGUGUGCUUAGGGGUUGUAAGAAAGUUGUUGAAUACAUGGAUAAGUGGUGACUUACGUGUUCGAUUGAGUAAUCGUACUGUUUCUGAAUUGUCGCAGCGGUUAGUUUCAUUAGCAAAAUGUAUUCCUGUAGAAAUAAAACGUAAACCUAGGUCACUAUCAGAGCUUUCUUACUGGAAAGCGACAGAAUUUCGUUCAUUUGUUUUAUACAUUGGCCCAAUUGUUCUUAAAAAUAAAAUUGAUAUUGCAAUUUAUGAUCAUUUUUUACUUUUGCAUUGUGCUAUGCAAAUUUUACUAUGUGCAGAUUAUAUCAAACAAUUUGGACUAAGUUUUCCGCGAACUUUUUUAUAUCACUUUGUUAAACACUGCAAAAGAAUUUACACUCUUCAGUUUUAUAUUUAUAAUAUCCAUCCUCUUUUACAUAUAACAGAUGAUGCAGAAAGAUUUGGAGAUUUAAAUUCAAUUUCGUCCUUUCCUUAUGAAAAUUAUUUAGGAAAGUUAAAAGCUUUAGUACGAUCUGCUAAUAAACCUUUACAGCAAAUUCAAAGACGACUACAUGAAAUGUUCACAAUUCCAAGUUCCCUGAAAAAGGAUAUCCAAUGUCAUAUGGAACAUCAGUUAGGACCAAUUUUAAAUAUUAAUUUUGAAAAACAGUACAAAAAAAUUCAAAUCAAUGAUUUCACACUUUCAAUUAAAUCACAUUGUUCAGCAGAUUCUUAUUUCAUAACUAAAAACGGACUUGUAGUUGAAAUUUGUAAUUUCUUAUACAACCCCAACUCAAACAUUACAAUUCUCGGAAAAGAAUAUAAAUGUUACCAAUCAUUUUAUAGCUACCCUAUUGAUUCUAAAUUACUAAAUAUAUUUGAAAUUAGUGAUAAAUCUGAGUUAAUGUCAACAUACAGUAUUAAUGAUAUUCUUGGCAAAUGUACUUUGCUUAUUUCAGGGAGUUCUCAAAUAGCACUACCUUUGCUUCAUACUUUGUAACUUUGUUAAUGUAAGAAUGUUAUUGUUUCUGUUUUAUGUAGGUUUCAUGCAAUGUAACUAUAGGUACUCGACAUUUGAAUAAAUUGAUAUUA